AUGUCGAGCUUGCAAGCAGUCGAAGAUGACGAAAUCGUGACGAACAGUUGGCGAGCCUCAAGAUCUGAUAUGCUCAUGCUGCUAAGCCGGGUCUCGUACCGAUCGGUGCUCGCAUUGUACCUGUUCGCACAAACGCCCGUGCCAGCGGGUAUAGGUGAAGAGGAAGAGCUUAGUGGUAUUAGUGGGUCAGUAUGUAUGCACGUGGCUUUGAUGCACAUCCAGAAGCUGCGGCAGCGGUGCGAUCCAGUUAAAAAGGCUCAAGCGAACGUCACUCAAGCGUUCUUAGAUCUCGAAAGUAGAGCCUACUGGGCCGCAGUGAUUUGGGACACGUCAGACUCGCUGAGCAGUGACAUGCGCACAUCUUUGACCUCGGGUCUCAACGGCGCCUGUUCAGAGCCUGCGUGGCGCCUGGCUAGAGCAUUUCUUGUUGGAUCAUUUACACCCAGCACAGAGCGCUGGCUCACGAAUGGUUUCGACAUUAACGAUGAGAAUGCAUCCCGGAUCAUCGGAGCGGCGUCCGUCAGCCAAGUGCUUAUGUGGAAGAAUGUCACGUCCUUGAAGGAGGCGCUUCGUGAAGGAGUUGACGAAGGCACCGUCCUAUGGGUAUGGAACUCGCUGCAGGAUACGGUCAGCAUAUUCAGGAAUUCGAUUCGCCCUUUGCUCGGUCUGUGUGAGAGACGAAUACAAUUCCUCGGCCAGGCGGUCCGGUUAUGUUGGUUCGAAGUUACCCUGCGAUACUGCGUAGGCGUCAUGGUCCUCCUUGACGCGCUCGAAGUGGCGAAACGUUCGGAUCUCCUGGAGCAGCUCCUUGAAGUUCGAGACGAGGUCGAGCACGAAUCGUUCGCUGUUCUCAAGUUCGGCAUGGACAAUGUCUACCGUAUACCAACGCAAGGGCACCUUGAUACUGAGGUUGCUUCGCUGAUACCAAGAGAGCCGAUGGAGAUACCGUUUGUAACACUGUAUGCGUUUCCACGCCACGUUGUCACACUUGUGCAAUUAGUGUGCAGAGGCAUCGUUCAGAAACGUCACGAGGAGAAGUUAGACCGAAACGUUUUCGCUCACCUGGCCUCGAUGUUGGUGGAUUCUCUUGCUCUGCUCCCACGCAACUUGAAGGAGAUAGGGUCUGCCAGACGGGGCCUGGAAGCAAUGGUGGAGGGGGCUUGA